AUGGAGAACAUACUGUACCUCGGAGGCCCUAAUAUCGCAGCUGAGAUUUACAAUAAAGAGUACGCCAACGCGCGCCUAUGUGGCGCCGCCACGUGGCGCGUUCCCAUGGCAGCGUUCCUCCGCCAGCGCAACUUCGCAGUAUGGGACAACAGCGACCUAGUCACCCACGAGGUCAUGGGUGGUCUCAAGAAUGUCUACGCGAUCGGGGCGGGGAUUGUUGCCGGGUCGACGCGGGACAGCGCGACGUCAAAAUCGGUGUAUUUCGCGCAUAGCACCAGCGAGAUGAUCUUUGUUACGCACGUGCUGACAAAGGAGCCGGAAAGGCUCGCCGGGCCGCUAUUGGCGGACACGUAUGUGACUCUAUUGAAGGGAAGGAACGCGUGGUAUGGGCAGCAGCUUGCGGAGGGGAGGCUGACGGCGGAGAUGGGCGAUAUGGUGGAAGGCAAGGGGCUGAUUCAGGGGCGGAACGCGUGGUAUGGGCAGCAGCUGGCUGAGGGGAGGCUGACGGCUGAGAUGGGUGAUAUGGUGGAAGGCAAGGGGCUGAUUCAGGAAGUGUCAGCAGUAGCAGCGUUUUACACAGUACUGAGUGAACCGGCCUACAAGGUGCCCCACCCCGUCACCAACGAGCUCGGAGUGUCAGCAGUGGCGGCCUUUUACACCGUGCUGAGUGAACCGGCCUACAAGGGAGUGUCAGCAGUGGCGGCCUUUUACACGGUGCUGAGUGAGCCGGCCUACAAGGUGCCCCACCCCGUAACCAACGAGCUUGUGGCGCCCAUCGAGCUCUGCCCUAUCCUGCAGACGCUCUACCACAUUCUGCACGUGCGGGAUCUCCCAUGUGAAGCCAUUCUGGACAUGCCAAGGGAUGAGAACAUGGAUGACCCCUGCUUGUCUAAACCCCCUCCACCCACCCCCCCUCCCUCCACUCCCACAACACCCAUCUUCCUUGACCUCCCAUGCAAAGCCAUUCUGGACAAACUAAGGGACGAGAACAUUGACCUCCCAUGCGAAGCCAUUCUGGACACACUAAGGGACGAGAACAUGUACGACCCGGCGCAGCGCAUAGCCUCUGCACCGGAGCGGUGUUAUGUGUCCAAACUGCUGGACCAGCACCCCAGCAGCAACGACUUGAGUGAUGCUGCUGCUCAGGCUGUGAACGCAUUGAGACUGUGA